AUGCCGCCUCAGCCGGCGGCUGCGCUGCAUGCUCUCCCAGUUGUUGCUGCUCAGCGCCUUGCAGGUUUGCGCAGACUCCCCAGCUCUCUCUCGCCUGCCCCUGCCCUUGCCGAUGUUGCUGCAGCUGUUGCUGCAGCAGCUGCAGCCAAGGAAAAAACCAGUCCCCUCGCUUCCCACGAGCACACGAUCACGCAAUCACGCGAUCACGCCAAGUGUUUUGCGGACACACUGGAGCAGCGCCUCCCUUGUCUCCCCAGUGCCGCGUGGGAAAGCGGGGAAGAAGACUCGACUGCCCCGAGUGAGGCCGACGCUGCAGAGCCCACGGCUCACGCACAGCCCCCCUGCAGGGGAAGCAGCAACAUCUGCAGGAGGCGUAGAGGCAAGUCUACAAUAGCCUCUGCAUGCCCAAUAACCACCCGCGAGCAUGGUGGGUGGCGUCUGGAAGAAGCCACCCACCGUGGGGGGAGACGCGGCAGCAGCAACGGCUGUAGCGCAACAGCAGACCCUUUAAAGGCCACAGCAGCAGCAACAACAGACUCGCCGGCAGCUGCGUCCGCUGUCUUUGUAACGUCCCCCCUCUUUUACAGCAAUGGUUGUUUGCAUUUGGGGCAUCUCUACACGACGAUUGUUGCAGACACUGCAGCGUCUCUGCUUUCCCUAUUCUCAGCCCCCUCAGGUGGUGCAAAAGGUGCAGGUAUAUCGUCUACGGGGAAGGAGGCGGCAGAGGAUUAUGUUCUCUUGAGUGGCAGCGAUCAGCAUGGCGUGAAGGUACUUGAGGCCGCACGUAGAUGGUGGUUCCAGCUGUCUCGAGAUCAGCAGCGGCAGCUUGCUGCUGCGCAUAUGGCUGCAUCCGGAGCUACCGGUGUCGCUACGGCAGACGACGAAGCAGCACCAGCAUCACGAAUCUUUGGCAGAGACAUAUCGCGAUUCCACGCCGUUCUGUUUUUGGGGCUUCUGCUGGCUUUGCGGCAUCCUGUCCUCAGCGACAACAGACGCGCACAUGGCAACAGCACGCAGGAUGACAAUGUGCUUCCUACUGAGCUGCUGCAGCAGCUGCCGCUGCAGCAGCUGGCUCAUGGGUGGCUCCUCAGGCCUUCAGGGUCCAAGGUAGCCAAGUCGACGGCUGCUCCCGCUGCAGCUGUCGGCGGUGUCACUGUUGGUGGUGAUGGUGACGAUGUACUGGGGGCUCCCGAUAGAUCUGCUUCAGCAGCAGCAGCAGCUACACCUGCAGCAGCGGCGCUUGGCCUUGCCGAUUGGAGCGACUUCUUGGGCUCUAGCAUGUCUGCCGAUGCUGCUGCAGCGGCAGCAGCUUUGCAUACUCUUAAAGCUGACCGGCUGCGUUUCGCAUUGCUGCACUGCAAAUCAUUCGAAAGAGAUCUGAGGCUCUCCGCGCGCAGUGGCACCAGCAGGGAUCCUCUUGUCGCCUCUGCCUUUGUACUCGAACAACAGAUCGGCAACUUUGCUCACAGGGUGUUGUCCUUGCUGCAGCAGCAACAUCGGGGGAGGGCUCCUUCGCCUCCUCCACUUCUCCUUGCAGCAGCAACCCACCCACACAUCUGCAAGGAGGCUCUGGCAGCUGCAGCAGCAGCAGCAGCAGCAGCAGCAGCAGCAGCAGCCACAGCACAAGUGCAGCCGAGAGAGCAGCAGUUGAACACAGCUGUCCUCUCAAAGCAAACAAGCCCUCCAGCCGCGGUAACCCCCCCCCGGGAGCUACCGGCUAUCAGCUUAACAGCUUCAGCAUCAGCAGCUACAAAAUUCCUGCGUCAUGUCUCCUAUGCUCGAGCUGUUGCGGCGUCUCUCCCUGCUACUGCUUCCCGUUUGUCCUGGGGUUUCCAAGCAGCUGCAGCAGCAGCUCAACCUGGAGCAGCAGAAACUGAACCAGCAACGAGACCAAUCGCUGCACCAACAGCAAAACACCCUUCGCUCCACUUUAGCAUGGGGCUGUGUUGGCAUGGGAGGCCACAGUCUUCCCAAGCCCUUUCCCUUGUUACCCCAGACAGGUCCACUCUGCCUCGAGCAAGACAGCCAGGUAUCUAG